AUGAAGAUUACAGAAGAUAUAGAAAAUAUAGAGAAGGCCAUUCAGAAUCUACACGGCACUUAUGAAUCCCUUGAUGAAGAACUAGCACCUUCUCAGUCACAAGAAGAAAUCCUAGAGCAAUUAAGGAAAAUCACUAAAAUAGAACAUAUCCUUAUAAUGAUAUGCAAGAAAAAAAAAGUCUUCAUAUUAAAAAUCAAAUUAAGGAGACUCUGGAUAAUAGAUGUGAUGAUCUUAGAUUCAACCAGAA